AUGGAGGAAGAAGUUGAAUUAAACAGAAAUAUGAAUGAAUCAGAGAAGAAGAAGAAGAACGAUGAUGAUGAUGAUGAUGAUCACUGUAAAGAGAUUUUUAGAUGGGAAUUGUUUCUACCAAAGAUAACUGUUACUGUUCUUCUAGUUGAAUCCGAUCGUUCUACUCGUCGGUUAAUUUCAUCACUUCUCAUGAAUUGCAAUUACAAAGUUAUUGCGGUUUCUGAUGGAGUAAAGGCAUGGAAGAUUUUGCAAACGAAGGAAGUUGAAAUUGAUCUUGUUUUAACAGAAUUGGAGUUGCCUGAAUUAUCUGGAUUAGCACUUCUAGAUUUGAUGAUGGAGCAUGAAACUUGCAAAAACAUUCCUCUUAUAAUGAUGACUUCUCACGAUUCACGUGGCAUGGUAAUGAAUUGCAUGUCUAAAGGUGCAGCUGAUUUUCUAAUCAAACCUGUUCGGAAAAAUGAGCUUGCGAACUUAUGGCAGCAUGUAUGGAGAAAGCAUGUUCUUAACAGGCCUCUCCAAAAUACAUCUGCACAAGAAAAACUUAAAAUUGCCAUAGAAGACAAUUUUACUAGCAAUCAAUUGACUGAUUCUGUUUCUGUGGCUUCCUCACAGAAAAAUAAUGAAUGCAGUGAGAAAUUGAGCGAGGCUCAAAGCACGCGUGCACUGCCAUUUUCUGAUGCGGAGAAUGCAUACAAGAAUAAUAUGCAAAAUGCCUCUCAGAAGAAGAGUUGUUUCAAAUUGAGAAAAAUUGAUGUGUUGAAACAUGAGGAGUCUAACCAACUUGAAAGGGAAUCAACUAAGCUUAAUGAUGAAGCAAGAGACUCAAGGCUAGAACAAGACUACAGAACUUCUGAAGUUGAAUCCAAAAAUGAAAUAUUUAGAGCUGAGUUAAGAAGAGAGAACCACGAUACUGAUACUGAGAUACGUGGAUGCAGUGAUGAACUGAUAGAACCUUCUAGCAAAGCUAUCGACUUGAUUUCCACAGUUGGGAAUCUCCGCAAGUGCACUAAGGAAAUCCAUUGCAUUAAUGGUGAUAAAGAAACCAAGUUUGAUUUCGGAAAUGGAUUGGAGCUGUCUUUAAGUAGUGAUUUUUCAGGCAGCUCAUGCAAACAAGCAAGUGAAUCAACUGAGGAAUGGCAAAGAUUGAACCACUCAAAUACUUCCGCCUUUUCCCAGUUUGAUGGCAGUAAGAUGUUGUGGCCACUUUUUCAAAAUUCCAAUUGGAGCUCUAAUAAAUCUCAUGAAUUAUCAGUAGCUACUUCUGAUAAUUGCAUUCAAUAUGGUGGCCCAAUUAAAAUGGAAGAUAUGACUAAUGCAGUCACCGCUCAUUACGGACAAUUUGGAGCGAAAUUAUUUAACACUGGACUGUUGGCUGAUAAUGUUCUCCAUCACAUGUGGAUUCCUAAAUCAAAUUACCAAAAAGAGAGCUCUCCCUUUCCCUCAAGUUCCUCUUCCCAGUCCAAUUCUGAAAGUCACAAUUCAGACCAUCAUCAUAAUUGCUCUUAUGAUGCUAACUACAGUUUUCCUAAUCAAAAUGUUGCUGAAAAACAUGAUUUGGAUCAUGUAGUGCAUGAUUCUCCUAGUGGUGGUACGGGAUUCGGCAAUGACAUUUUCCGUGCUUCAAAUCAUAUUAAUAGCUGCAAUGAUGAAAGAGCUACUUCAAAUGCUGUUACAAAGAACUCAAGAAGUUCUAGUGAUAGUAGGCACUACAAAAAAGAUUAUUAUGAUGAAUUUAGAUUGAGUGAUUCUCAUCGCUCCAGUCAUAGAGAAGCAGCUCUAACAAAGUUUCGUUUAAAGCGAAAAGAGAGAUGCUACACGAAAAAGGUUCGCUAUCAGAGUCGGAAAAGAAUCGCAGAGCAGCGCCUUCGAGUGAAAGGGCAGUUCGUACGUAGAGUACACGAUGAUGAUCAUCCAAAUGCAGAUGCUAAUGGUGAUCAAUGA